AUGAUCUGUGCACCAAAUCUCCAGCGGAAGAGCGCCAGGAUCCGACGCGAUCCAGGUCGAAUCGAAGUUGACAAGUACGGCAGUUACCCGCUGAUGGGCAAACUUACAACGAAACUUCUGGAGGUGUGGCAUCAGCGACAAGAUCCCCAAGGCCUCAAGGACGCGACAGUCGUCCAUCUCUACCAUCGAAAAUAGAAACGUCAACUCUGUGAUAACCACAGAGGAAUCUUGAUGCUCAAAAUUGCCUGGAAGACCUUCGUCUUGUCCAUUUUAACCGCCUCAGCGGCCAUCUAGAAGAGGGAUUUCCGUCGGAAAACGAUGUGGCUUCGAGGACACCACGGAACCACUAACAUGAUCUUCGCCGCCCGAAAAGUGAGAGGUAAGGGUCAGGAAAUACAUACGAACGUCUACAUUGCUUUAAUGAACCUGAUAAAGGCCUUUUUACAUGGCUCUGUCGCAACAGGUACUUGCCGGUAGGGAGGAAAAACGACGCUGUAAAGAAACCUUGAAGAACUCUUUCAAAUACAUUUAAAUCAACCACGAGAACUGGGAUGACCUCUCCCAGAAUCUACCGGAAUGGAGAGGAGAUGUAAGGAGGGGGACGGCAAUCUACGAAGCCAACCCGUCUGCGUCCGCCAAGGCCAAACGAGCCUCGCAAGUCUCAAGCGUCUCCAAUUCACACCAUCAACACCCGACCCCCUCCAAAACGUCCAAGCUGCCAACAAACAGUCUGCGCACGGCUCGGUCUCGUCCGACAUUUCCGGACCUAGUAUAAAGACAAACCAACAACUCCACCUGCUGAUUCGAAAUACUAUCCCAUUGUCCCUCCUGCACAAAUUGUCACGGAUUCUAUUGCGGUGACUACCCUCUAUAUCGGUGAUCGCACUCGUGGUGUCCCUCUGUCGUCGAUCGCCGCAAUCUCCAUCAUUCUUGCCGCUACAACGUCGACUACUUUAUCUCCAAAUCCCGACGCCCCAUCUGUCACUACCCUCGCAACCAGCAAUGUGAACGCGACUCCAACUUGUCAUCAUCGCGAUCGUCGCUGCUGUACGGAGCGGAGACUUGGACAGUGUACACAAAGCAAGCACGCCGACUGAACCACUUCCACCUCAGUCGUCUUCGUCGCAUCCUGCGGCUGAACUGGCAGGAUCGAACCCCUGACACUGAUUUACUGGAACGGACGGGAAUCCUCAGCAUCUACACCAUGCUGAGACAAAUGCAGCUGCGCUGGAGCGACCACCUGGUGCGCAUGGAUGACGAGCGACUACCCAAAGGACUUUUCUACGGAGAUGUCGCGACGGGCUCUCGCAGCCAAGGAGGCCUCCCUGAAACGUCUGCAAAUCAACCCGACCAACUGGGAUGAACUCGCCCUCGAUCGACUGACCUAGAGGAGGAUAGUGAAAACCGGUGCUCCGAUCUACGAAGCCAACCGCAUCGCCGCCGCCAAAUCGAAACGCGAAGCACGCAAAUCACAGCUGCGCCCAAUACGCAACGCCAAUGCACAACCGCUACCAACGUGUCCUCGAAGUCAACGGACAUUCCGGGCACGAAUUGGACUUAUUGGACACCUUCGCAUCAACUGCACCUCUCGGACCGCAGCAACCAUCGUCCCUCCGCCCGCCUCUUCCCCGUCCUCUCCGCCGCCAUCUAACUCUGACGCCUCUUCCGAACCACCACUUCCAUCCUCCUCCUCCUCCACUGCCCCAACCACGGCCGCUCAGGCGACAGUCACGCACAUCAGCCACUCUGACACAACAACCGACACCACCCUCACUGCCUCCGACUCCAGCGAUGAGGAUCAGGACUACACCUGCCCUCAGUGCGACCGCACCUUCACCUCGCACAGCAGGCUGGUCGGUCACUUGCGAACCCAUCGCACAGAGGCUGGUUAAUCAGUGCCUGGAGCCCCAACCUAUACCCACCGCACUCGCCUCCAUUGCCCACACUGCUCUCGUACCUUCACGCAUCUCAUGGGUCUAUUCGGCCACAUGCGCAUCCACGACGACCUGCGGUAGACAACCGCCGGUUACGCCACACCACAACACACUCCGCCCUGCCUCCUCCUCCACCAUAACCACACAUCAACACUCACCCACCGCAAGCACCCAACUGCCACCUCCCACGCAAAUGUGAAGUGCGCAUCUCGACUCGGUCUGCAUGCGGCUGCGGCUGCACGGGUGACUUGAGUCCGAGACUAUCCCGACACGUCAAGAGUCGUGGAUAGGAAGGUUGCUAAUUGACGCCCCCACUCGGUCCACUCAGUUCGUCCCGUUGUAUGUGUGUUGUGUGGAGCGGUGGACUGGUGGGCUGAGGACGGGCUGAAACAGCACCUACCACGGCCCUCUCACGCAAGUGAGAGACACGCCGUUCAACCCUCCGUUGUGCGAAAUCCUGGUGUGUGUGUGUGUGUGUGUGUGUUUGUCUAUGGGGGGCCAGGUCGUUCUCGUGGCGCGCGCAGUCAUGGUCAGUCGACCAUGCCAGCCACCGCACCCAUUCCUCACUCCAGUCUGCUGACCGGCUCGGACAGCGGCUGGGGUGUGGGAAUGGGAAGGGAGAGUGAGGUCGACGACUCAGCGCACUUCCUCACUCUAAACAAUUUGAUGCGCUUGAGGCUAUCACGGUGCGCUAAAAGCCGUGGCCUGGAAGGUUGCCAACUGACGGGGUAACUUGGACCUCCUCCGUGACUGAUGGGGGUCUGAGAGCCAGGCUGCAAUGGCUCCUUCUCAAUGUGGCCUCUAUGGCACUCCCGCCACAGUGUGGGAUCCGAACCAGGCGUUGGCGGCACGCCUAGAUGCGGCUUCGGCCGUGUCAGCCUCCAAAUCUCUGUUGUGUUGGUUGAAAUCCUGGUCAUUUGUGUGUGGACCAGGGGAUGCGGUGUGGAGCGCCAAAGUGAGGAUCCCUCCGAGUCAUCCACCUGCGGCCUGCCUCGUCUCCGGUCUUCUUGUCUCUGUCUUGACACCGAGCUCGGGCGAGAGAGGAGGGCAGAGUGUAGGUAGAUGCCGCGCAAGUCUGCCGGCACUAUAAACCCCUGCGCAAGUCUCCGUCCCUGCUCCCACCGCUGCUGCUGUAGGGCACAAUGCGGAUAUCAUCGAAAUCGAUGGUCGAACUAUCGUGUGUGUGUUUGGGUUUGUGCGUGCGUGCGUGCGUAAACCUGGCGGAGUUUUGUGGGAACUACGUUGUGUACGAAGCAUGUGUAGUCGGGGCCCCUAGCUCUGUAAGCCACUACGUACAAUUCCUGCAUCAGCCAACUGACUGGCUCGGGUAGUGGACCGAUGUCUAGGAAAGGGAAGAGGGAGGGAGGUCGAUUGUCUCAGCGUACUUUCCUCACCAUAAACCAUCUGACGCGCUUGAGACUAUCACGGCGUACUAUAAGUCGUGCUUUGUAAGGUUGUCAGUUGACGGGAUAACUCGGUCCUCCUCUCAGGACGGAAAGUAUACUGCGAUGGCUGCUUCCUAAUUUGGCCUCUAUGUCAUUCCCACUCGUUUGCAAUCCUAGCCGCUUCCCUCGUUUUCUUGUUGGGUGAAAUCCAGGGGAUGUAGUGGCACGCCUAGACACGAGUUCAUGCCGCGCCAAACACUUGCACCCAAUCCAGCCUCCGGUCUUCUUGUCCGGGUCAUAACAACGGGUUCAAGUGGGGGAGGAGGGGUGAAUGCGGUAGGUGAUAAGCAAAUUAACCAUAGGCAUAAAUUAAUUUACACGAAAGUCACCCUCCCUGACCCACCAUGCUGCGGGACAAACGGUGUACAUCAUCGGAACCGAUGGUCGAACUUCCGUAAAUUCUGCCUUGAGUUAGAUAUCAUUCGCUUGUGUGAGUGCCGUAAAUGGGCGGCGCUGUAACGUUACGGACAGCGGACUGAGUUCUAACUCUUUAGUCCUGACGAACAGCAUGUAGAAGACCUGAGUACUCGCCAAGAUUCGCUCUUCCUUCACACUCUGCAUUGUUAGUGAACGCUUGCAUGAUCGCAUGACUUAAAAGGCUCAUGGGGUGUCUGAGUAUCAUCGGACAGUAUGGGCAGUUUUGAGUGUGCAUUACGGAUGCUGGUGAAAGCUUCUGUGUACGAUUCAUGAUGAUAUUGCGGUUCAUCUGGAGGUACCCACUGAAGCUAAUUAAUGCACUAAAUGUAAACUGGCAAUCUAGGUAUUCUAGUAGAGAUUGGUCUGCGGCAUACUGGUCCUGUGUGCUUGUCGUUUUAUUCCGUUCUCCUGCCUCAUUUUUCAUGACGGUGCCAAAGUCCGGACUGAAUUCGAAGAGUCCGCUUACAAUUUCAUCUUUCUUGACUGCUCAAGUAUUUGAGUAUGUCCACUACCGACACACGAGAUUCACCAAGACUUAUAACGGUCCCCUCACAUUCCUCAGUUGGUGCUGAUUAGUAUGUAAUAGUAAUCUUCUCCGUGUUAACGGUGAGUCCGAAUUCUAAGCAACUGGAUGCAAUGGGUUGCAAGUCUUGCACAUCCGCUGUAUUGGUGCUGUUCAACGCAUAGGCAUUCCUGCAUAAAAGAUCAUGGGCACCGGCAUUGGUUACUUUGGUCUCUGCCUGCCUAAGUCGAAUGUUAAGCAGUUUUAUCUUGCUUCGGUAGGAGACGCUGACUUUAGUCCGAUGCCCACGGUAGAUAUCCAUCAGCAUGUCCGAGUGCAUGAGAUUAAACUGAUUAAAAGGGGUAUACCCGCCUCCGAGGCUGAUCUACUCUCCGACACGCACAUCAUCAAUUCAUCACGCAGUUGUUUCACCGUUUGGAUAACCUGAUCUAAGCAAUUGAAUCCUGUUAAGACUUUCAAUAGCCCAUUACUUUUCACGGUGUCGCGGACCUUUGUAAGAUCAAAAGAAGUGACAAAGAGGCUGGUCAUCAGUUCGUGGUAUUUUUAUAGCAAUUAACAGGCUGAAAAGACCAUCUCUUAUCUUGCACAAUGUUUCUGGAAUAUUCAUUACCUUGCUAUCGGGAGUCCCUGCCCCAUGUCUCUUGGUGCAUUUGAGAAUUACGCGAGCAAAUUUUUUUUCCACAAUACCGAAAAGAGAUAUUCCGCUGGGAUUUUUAUGUAAAGCGGAUUCCCCUUUCACUUGUAGAGGUGGACGAUGGUAAAAUCCUGGAGGUCCCGUAGCAUUAAUCCUCCCGCCAGCAUUGCCUGAAUCAGUGGGACUAAUCCGUUCAGGAUCCUGUGACCACCGCGUUUGUAGGCAUCUUCAAGAAUUGGGUCGGCGUCGUGAUCUUUUCCGUCCGACGUCUGUUGAACUACAGUCAGUACCUCCGGUAGAUACGACGGAUGAUCAAGGUCAUUAUUUGUGCCAAUUAGGCGUACUGCUGAUGGACCCCCGCAUACUGUAGAUGGGCGGUGGAGGACAUGCUUGAGGAGCCCGGUCUAUGGCUUCGGUACUGGACAUUCUUCAAGAGCAUGAUAGUGCCAUUCGAGCUGAACGGCAGCGCCAUUGUUUGGCCUUAGGACCGUUGACUGUCCUGAUAGCCGCAAAAUAGUUCUUCUCGCCGUAAACCAGUUAUCCUUGGAUGCCCUCGGCCUUGCAAUUCGGCAAGUCAUUUUGCACGUCCCUCAGUCUUUUCCGCAAUGGGCUUUGUCAUCGGACCAUAACACCUCGAUUUUCCUCUAUCUCGUUGUUUUAAUGGGCCUCUUGACGCCGAUUUUCGAAGAAGUUACAUGCUUCACGUGCUGCAAACAGCCUAUAUCAUCCCUUGCUGGUUACUUUUCUCACUUCGCGACAUUUAUGAAAUUUUAUCUUAGAGGCAGCCCUACAGGAAAUCAUAGAAAUUUGUUCGUCCAAAAGCAAAAGUAGGCGUACGAGUUGAUGUGUAAGCGAAUGCUUCUGCUAUACAUAAGGACAGUAGAUUAGGUAAAAUGUUUACCCUGGCAGUGAGCUCAAUGAACAAAAUAUAGAAGGACGCUGUAUUACCCGAUUUUUGUAGAUCAUUCGAUUCUUUUUUCACCUUUCGGAGCCCUAGUUUCAGUUCCAGGACUAAUUUUCGGCGUUUAAUCCGACUGACUAAAUGUCCUGCUUGGAAUCUUUGGUCCUGAAGCGUUUUGGAAGAAUACACUUAACUUGUUAUUUAUAAGUCGCUGUCGCUGACGAGAACGCCUCUGUUGAGAAGCGAUGGUGUAAACUGCGGGACGCAGUCCAGGCGACGUCACCGGCCAUCCUCAGUCGCGCACGCCGCCAACACCAGAACUGGCUGGACGACAACGAUGCCGUCGUCAGCAACCUGUUCGCCGAGAAAAACCGUCUGAACAAAGCCUACUUCGAACGCCCCACCGACAACAACAGAGCGGCUUUCUACCAUAGUCGCCGCGACUCCGCGAGAUGCGGGACGCUUGGACGGCUCGCAAGGCCGAGGCCCCAUUUGUCUUCACUCUGGUCCCGCACGUCCACUCGCCGCAUGGGCCUAUUCGAUCACCUGCGUAUCAAUGAGAGCGGAAUUAACCACAGUCUCGACACACCCAGCACCUCUUGCACAUCCACCAUGACUAGAUCAACCCACACCCCGUCGCCCAACGCCUAUUCUAUUAGCAGCUCAACCACCGACAUCAUCUCCGAAACCGACACCCCCGACCUCUCCUCUCCACGCUGCCCCCUCAUCGGCCUGGUCGGUACACUUGCAACUCCUUCGCACAGAGACUGGCGGACCAGCGCCUGGAGCACCAACCUACAUCUGACGCAUCUGCUUCAACUGCCCUCACUGUACCCGCGCAUUUAA